AAAAAGGGAAAUAACCGAUUGCAUGGAUACCGGUGAAAUGUUUACACAAAUUUUCAAUAAUAGAAUAAUAUUUAUUUUUAGUUUCUUAUUUGAUCGAUACUUACAUACUUCCAAAAUGUGCAGCAAUAUUGUUAAAUUAGGAGUAUUUAAACAUUUAAGUUGCAGAAAUAGUAUUUAUCCACAAAGUGACAUAAAACGAUUUACUGUACCUGAUGAAUUUGUGUUUUGGUCUUGCGAUUUUACAAAAUAUGAUCCUCCAUCCUACACGUCAGAGCAUAUUCAUGGAAAAGUCUAUGCAGAUCCCGAAAUUGGAGAAUUCAAUCCUAAAUGGAACACUUUAGACGGUCAAGUUAAUCGUGUUUCUCAUAUGGGGCAAUACAAAAUAGAUAAUUCUGGUUGUCCGCUCAAUCCUAUUGGUAGAACUGGAUUACGUGGUCGUGGUUUGUUAGGAAGAUGGGGCCCCAAUCAUGCUGCUGACCCGAUUGUGACAAGGUGGAAAAGAACAGAAGAUGGUGCAAAAGUGAAAAAACCUGGAUCAAAUAAAAAUAUUCUUGAAAUGGUUGCUAUUCAACGUCAUGACAAUAAAAUGUGGGCUAUACCAGGUGGCAUGGUGGACCCUGGUGAAAAGGUUACCACUACUCUGAAACGCGAAUUUAUAGAGGAAGCUUUGGAUAGCCUUGAACAAAAAAAAUUAAUAGAUGAGUUCUUUGCCGAAGGAAAAGAAAUUUACAAAGGCUAUGUUGAUGAUUUUCGUAACACAGACAAUUCUUGGAUAGAAACUGUUGCUUAUAAUUUUCAUGAUGAAAGCGGUGUACUUGCCGGUAAAUUAGACCUUUGCGCUGGCGAUGAUGCUGUUAAUGUCAAAUGGCAGGAUGUGAAUAGCGAAAUAGUUUUACAUGCAAACCAUAAAAAUUUUGUAAAAGCAGUUGCGGAGCUUUUGAAUGCGGCUUGAAUUUUAAUGCUAUUAUUUCAAAGAAAAGGUGCUGAGAUUAGGUACAUGAAAAUGAAAACUUUUUUGUGUUUUAAUAUUUUCACAAAUAAAAUUAGUCUAUUAUUUGCAUAAUUCUUAGUGUAUAAAAUGAAAUUUAGGCUGCUCUAAAGAGAAAAAUUUGCAUAAUCAUACAUUGGAUAAAAUUAUUGUUAUAUUUUUUAUAUAGAUCUUUUUUUAGAAAAUUUUGCGAGAUGCUUAGAUUUAUUUUCUAUAUUUCCUUAACUUUCCUUUUUUCCUCUAUUUUUCAGUUAUCGAAGUAUAUAUAUAUAUGCAUUUAACAUAUAUACAUGUAUAGCAAUAAAGAAUUUGAAUUAAUUGUAUACAAAUAAAAAUGAUGUACCUAUGUUCAAAAUAACAUAAAAAUACAAUUUAAUUUUGAAAGUUGUAAAAAAACUAAAAUUAUAAACAAUUACUCUUUGUUUAAUAAAAUUUAACAAAAUAAAUAAUAGACAAAAACUUGUUUA